GCCGCCCCGUGUGCGCCAGUCCUCUCCGGCGGGGGCUGGCCCGGCCCCGGGAAGGUCCGAAGGGGGCCCGGGGGUCCUCACGGCGGCGGCUGCAAGAGGAUCUAAGCAUGGACGGCAGCCGGAGAGAGCAACCUCUGUCCUUCCCAGAUAUGGUACACCAUGCCUGUUUAAAGGACACUUGAGCACCAAAAGUAAUGCUUUUUGCACUGACUCCUCCUCUCUCAGACUAAGUACUCUCCACCUGGUCAAGAAUCACAUGGCUGUUCACUAUAAUAAAAUCCUUUCAGCCAAAGGAGUAUAAGUUUAGCUCCUACAUUUAAGUGUGUGAUCCAUUUUGAGUGACUUUUUAGCUGUGAUCUGCAGUAGACUGCUCGGUUCCAUUAAGCAUAAGUGCCAGCAUCAAAUAUGCAGACCAACAACGAAGAGAGAAACUUAAAAAGGAAUUAGCACGAUGUGAAAGGGAGUUGAAAUUAAAUAAAACAGCAAUGCAGGCCAAUUCUAAAAAUAAUUCCAAGUCAUUAUUUAACACUCUACAAAAGCCCUCAGGAGAACCACAAGAUGAAGAUGUGUUAAUCAGAGAAGUGAAUGGAUUUCCAUCCUUUACAAGGUCACCAGUAACUUCUUCAGAGAGACUACACCUAAAUAUACCUAAAUCUGAUAAAGUCCUCACAAAUGGUACUGAGAAGAACUCCAGUCCCUGUCUGUUCAACGUGGAUUACACCACCUCUGGGCCCAGGAGACCAUGCUCUGGAACAUCACAUGGCCGAGGGCCCAAGAGCACGUUCCCAAAUACGCAUCGCUUUCAGUUAGUUAUUUCAAAAGCACCCAGUGGGGACCUUUUGGAUAAACAUUCUGAACUCUUUUCCAACAGACAUUUGCCAUUCACUCCACGCACUUUAAAAACAGAAGCAAAGUCUUUCCUGUCACAUUAUCGAUAUUACACACCUGCCAGAAGAAAAAAGGAUUUUACAGAUCAGCGGAUGGAAGCUGAAACCCAGACUGAAUUAAGCAGCUUUAAAUCUGAUUUUGAGACAGUUGACACCAAGAACUUCACAGAUUCAGAAGAGAACAUAAAGCAGGCAUCUAACUGUUUGACAGAUGAUACCAAAGGAAAAAUAAAUCCUUUACCCCUACAAGGGCAUGACUUACCAUGGGAUGAGAUCAAAGAUGGCACUCUUCAGUGCUCCUCACCAAGGGCAGUAUGUCAGUAUUCCCUGCAGCUUCCUCCAGAGAGAAAAAUCUACUCUGAUGAAGAAGAACUGUUGUAUCUGAGUUUCAUUGAAGAUGUAACAGAUGAAAUUUUGAAACUUGGCUUAUUUUCAAACAGGUUUUUAGAACGACUGUUUGAGCGACAUAUAAAACAAAAUAAACAUCAUUUGGAGGAGGGGAAAAUGCGCCACCUGCUGCAUAUCCUGAAGGUGGACUUGGGCUGCACAUCCAGAGAAAACUCAGUAAAGCUGGAUGAUCUUGAUAUGCUGGAUUUACAUGAUUUUGAACAGGCUGAGAAUUCAAAAGAAAAUGAAUUUAGAAAUAAACACGACACCACAAUUCAACAGGAACGUCAAGAAUACCAAAAAGCUUUGGAUAUGUUAUUGUCUAUACCAAAGGAUGAGAAUGAGAGACUCUCUUCACCAAAUGAAUUUUUCUUACCCGUCUAUAAAUCAAAGUAUUCAGAAGGGGUCAUAAUUCAGCAAGUGAAUGAUGAAACAAAUCUUGGACCUUCUUCCUGGGAUGAAAAAAAUCCAAGUGUCUCAGACAGCUUAACAGACCAAGAGACCUCUGUGAACGUCAUUGAAGGGGACAGUGACAGUGAAAAGGUGGAGCCUUCGAAUGAAUUAUGUUGUCUUAGCACAGAACUCUCCCCAGCUCUUCAGUUUCACAGUGUUCAAGGUGACAACAGUCAUAACAUGGAAGGACCAACUCUUAAAAUCAUGGAAAUGAGCAUUGAGGACUGACCUUAGGAUGUUUGAUCUUCAUCAAUAAAUAUCCUAAAUGGCCAGUAAUUCAAUAUUCCUUUUCCUCUAUUUUAUUCUUUUAUAUAUUAGGAUUUCUGUAUUUGCUUUCUAUGCUCUCUAAUAAAUUAGCAGCUUAAAACUA